AUGUCCGAAAUCGAAGGCAAAGACGUCGCCGCUUUGAUCGCGGAAGGUAACGAGAAGCUCGCGUCUGUGCCGUCGGCGGUGGGGCGCGCGCCGGCCGGCGGUGGCGGCGGUGGCGGCGGCGGUGGCGACGGCGGUGGCGAGGCGAAGAAGGAAGAAGUCGUCGAAGAGGAAGAGGAAGACAUGGGCUUUGAUCUCUUCGAUUAA